AUGGCGUCAUUCCGUGCGUUCUGGGCUGCGACCACAUGUAGGUACCGCCUCGCCACUCAGGGAUCGAUUGAAGAGUUGAUCCGGGGAGGUCACCUCGGGUGCUAUCUCAAUGAACCAAGAGAAGCAUCUCCACGUCCCAAGGGUCCCGUCGAGAAACAAAUUGAUGUCAUCACUGGCGAAUCGACUACUAGCGGUAGUAGCUUGACGACGAGGAAGGCCUACACCUACGACAAGGUGGAGAAGCACCCCAAACCUGAGUUCGAGCCAAAAAUCACCUUCAAAACCGAAGAGGUCGAACGCUCCCACCACGACGACGCUUUGGUGAUCUCCAUUUGGAUCGCCAAUGCUCGGGUGAAGAGAGUGAUGGUCGACACUGGGAGCUCUGUCGACGUACUGUACCUCAACGCCUUCAAGAAGCUCGACCUAACUAAUGAGGACCUCACCUCCAUAGCAUCGGCACUCAUCGGAUUCACGGGGGAUUCCAUCUCCCCGCUUGGGACCACCAUCCGCCUCGUUACCAUCGGGGAAGAACUAAGAGCCAAGACGAUGAUGACUACCUUCAUGGUAGUCGACCUUCCCUUGGUCUACAACGUCAUCCUCGGUUGCCUGACACUCAACAAACUGAAAGCGGUGGUUUCCACUUACCACUGGGCCAUCAAAUUUCUGACUUCAUUAGGGGUUAGGGUAUCCCGAAACGAUCCUAGAGAAUCAAGACGAUGCUACUUUAUAGCGGUUAGUCUUUUGGAGAAGUCACGACCCUAG